AUGCAGAACCCGAACUUAGCAGAAUUGGAGUUCCUUGGCAUCGAUCGAUUCGAGACCGCCAACAAGUCAGACGAGCCUGACAAGGAGGAGGCUCACUGUGCCAAAAUGCGUCAGCUUGGAGCCAAAUGGUAUCGCGACCCCUUCCACCAACUUUCGGACCAGGACAAGAACGAAGAUCCCGAUGCUCCCCGCUUGUUCGUGGGCUGGCCGGCCGACGGUGGUGUCUGGGCUAUACAUACUACCUUGUUUGACUUUGAGAUGAGAGGUCUGGGAAGGAUCGGAAACGCUUUUACUAUGUCAGAGCGUUGUGAAGUAAUAAAACAGCUUGGCGGUUCAUUCUAUAAGGAUCCUAAGGAGUGUUCUUUUCUGGAUCUCGAUGGCUCUAAAGAUGAAGAGAAGCAAUAA